GGCAACCUUGCACAGUUAGUGAAAUCCAAUUUAACUGCAGCUAAAAUUCGUUCGCUUUUUUUUGUGUGCUGCAAAUAUUGUAAAUAGUUAUUCCGCGUUCUGUGUAUAUAGACAAACAAUAAUGUGCAACUUCAAUAAGUAGUAAAUAAUACCAAAUAUCGUUGAUUUCAUGAAGCAAUAGCUUGCCGUAAAAUCCGUACGUGUAAAGCAGGAAAAUCGAACAACUUUCUUUUCCCAUAGUGUGAGUGCGAGUGCGUGUGUGUGAGAGUGCGCUAGUGCUAGUGUGUGUAUGUGCAUGUGUAUCGCUGCCAUGCAAAUGCGAAAAAGCGCAGCGUAAAUUACAAAACUACGCAACAACAAAAGUUAAUUAAACUAGAAAAAAUCGAGUUAAUUAUUCGACUAGCGGGAAGGCAGACACGCCCAUCGUUGUCAAACGCCCACGCAAUUAAGACACCCUCUCACCUGCCGACGACGACGUUGACGGCGCCGUCGCUGCUGCCGCUGCAGUAAACAACAGCAAUAAAAAUAGAAAAAUGAAGAAAAUCCUGUCGAAAUUCGACAGAAAUGAGAAAUUGGAAAACUCGCACAACAGCUCCUCAUCCAAGGAGACUAACAGUUUCGUUGGCAAGGUCUUCACAGUCGGACGCGUCACGGUCACCGUCGAGGAUGUCUUGGCCGAAGGUGGCUUUGCCAUGGUUUUUCUGGCACGUGGCAAUGGCGGAGGCAGUGCAUCAACCAACAAAUACGCACUGAAACGAAUGUACGUCAACAAUGAGCACGAUCUGAAUGUGGCGAAGCGUGAGAUACAAAUUGCCAGCAACUUGAGUGGGCACAAAAAUAUCAUUGGUUAUGUGGACUCGAGCAUUACGCCAACUGGAAACGGAGUGUGCGAAGUGCUGCUACUGAUGCCAUACUGCAAGCAUCACAUGCUGGCCAUGAUGAAUGCGAGAUUGCACGUUGGCUUCACUGAGCCGGAAGUCUUAACCAUCUUCUGUGAUAUUGCCGAGGCCGUUUCACGUUUGCAUUACUGCCAAACGCCCAUUAUUCAUCGGGAUCUGAAGGUCGAGAAUAUAUUGCAAACGGAUGCUGGAAAUUUUGUACUCUGUGACUUUGGUUCGGCCACAGCCAAGACUUUAAAUCCUCAACAGCAUGGCGUCACUGUGGUCGAGGAGGAGAUACAGAAGUAUACAACGCUCUCGUACCGUGCUCCCGAAAUGAUUGACCUAUAUGGUGGGAAGAGUAUUACGACUAAAGCAGAUAUUUGGGCUCUGGGCUGUAUGCUCUAUAAGCUAUGCUUCUUUGCCCUGCCCUUUGGCGAGAGCACGUUGGCCAUACAAAACGGACAAUUUGCCAUACCAGACAGCUCCAAAUACUCGCGUGGCAUACACCAAUUGAUUAAAUAUAUGCUCGACACGGACAUGGAACGACGUCCAAACAUUUGGCAGGUGUGCGAAGUGGCGUUCCGGCUGGCGGGUAAAGAUAAUCCCGUGCAGAAUUUGCAUAAAUCCGCUAUGCCGAACUUUGAGCAGCUGUUGGUGCCUCCGUUUGAGUCGGAGGCAAAGCGCAUCAAUGCUGCAGCCAAGGCAGCCAAGCCGCAGCAGAAUGUAUCCAUAGUGGAGGCUGGCACCAGUGUGGCGCCACGUUCGCGCCCCAAAGGCUCCAGUACAGUGCAUGGCCAAAAUGCGCUGGGUCUGGGUCUACCGCCCAGUCCACUGCCACGUCAGAAUAUAACAUCGCCACAACCGCAGGCUGUGGUAGAGCAGUUCCAGGCAAACUUUCCAGCUAUGCCGGCGGUGGCCUCUACUCCAGCAGCAGCACCGGCACCACCACCACCAACUGUGCCGGCAACAGCAGCUGCUGCAACAACUGCAGCGGUUCCCAAAGCUGUGAAUAACCUGUUCGAAUCGAGCGUCUAUCCCGAUCCCUUCAAUGAGGCAGCUAUUGCAGUUGCUUCCGUUGCAGCUGCCGGAACAGCUCCAACAACAACAGCAGCCGCAGCUGCAGCCACUGUUACCAGCGAUGCGACCAGUGAAUUGCCAGAUACAUCACUCAAUGAAUUGGGUCUAACCGGCAGCGUCGGCACGCCCACCAAGCACAUGCUCACACCGCCCAAAUCAAGCGGCACCGGACAUCGAAGGAAUGUCAGCGACACCUCGGCCUUUAAUAAAACCUUUGCCAACGAGACGAGCCAGUUUUUGGCGCCGUAUAACAACAACAUUGCCAUGUGCGGAGAUGGGCCGCCGAGUGCGUCAUUGGCCAGCGCUGCCUCGAAUCCGGGCAUCUAUGCCAGCAGCAGUGCCACGGUCACAUCCCUGUCCAGCAACGAGCUGGCGCGUCAGACCAUGGACAAGCGCGUGGAGGCCUGGAAUCCGUUCGAGGAGGAGCAGCCCUUCAGUCAAAUGACCGAGGAUCACAUUUUCGAGGCCGAGUUCGAUAAGAUACGACAGCGUGGCAGCCAAGGCAGUAUAACGGCAAAGUCGGCAUCUACGACGUCUACGCUGACGCCCACGGAACAAAAUUUGGCAUGCGUCCCAGGAGCUGGACCGAACGCAACGGCAACUACAGCCUUAACAGCUCCGGCUGUUGUGCCGGCGGCUGUGUCGCCCAAUCCACCAGCAGCGCUGGCUGAGGAUCCAUUCGGCUCGGCGCCGUUCAGCUUGCCGCCGGGUCUGCGCGAGAAGGCGAGCUCCUUGCGCAAAACUGGAGCCAAAUUCAUUGUGAACUGCUCGUCGGGCAGCGGCGGCACGCCCAGCAUACCAACUGCAGGGAAUGCCAUCUCAUCCAGUUCAUCCAAGUGGCUGCUGUCGCCCACACUGGAGGAGGACAAAACGUCGCUCAUAAGUCGCCUGAAAACGGAUUCCGACGGCGCUGGCCUCGGCCUGCAGAGCGAGGGCGGCUCUGUGGGUACGGGAUUCGUUAAGCUGCCGCUGGAGGAUCGCAACAAAUAUGAGAAGCUGCGUAGCAACGAUCAGCCCACGUCCGAUGACUCCGACUCGGAGUUCUUUCAGCAGGACAGCGAUGAUGGCGGCGGCGGUGGCGGCGUUGCCGGUGGCAGUGCCAAAAAGGCGGCCAUCUUCAAGCAGAUCGUGACGAGCAACAUACCGGAGACCAUACACAAAAUCCAACAGGUGGCCUAUCAGAAGGUGGACAAAACGACGCAUUUGCCCAUUGUGAAGAAGCUGCGUCAAACGGCGACCACAAAGCGACCCUCAUCGUCGGCACAGCAGGCGGCCCAGCAGCUGAACCUAAUGGCCGCCGCUGUGGCUGCCCAGGCAGCUCAGCAAGCGGCCCAAACGGCAGCGGCGGCGGCCAAUGCUGAAUCGGACGAUGAUGCCGAUUCCAUUGGCUCGGCCAGCGAUUUGCGUGCCGAGGAUGAUGAUCUAUUUGAUGAGAAUCCACGUGCCACCCAGGCCAAGCCCCGGCGCGUGGUGCCCUUGGACAUGGAUGGCAUUAGCGAGAGCGUCAAGACCUGCAGCAGCUCGGCCUAUCAUGCCGAAUGCGAGAGCGUCACCACGCACGAGGAUGAUGUGCGCAGUCGUGUCGUGGUCAAGGUGCGCAUGCGUAAAAAGGAUCGCUCGGCGGCGGUGGCAGCGGCCAGUGGGGACACCAAUCCCGGCUGUGCUGGCAGCGGCGCCGGCAACGAGGAGCUAAGUCCCACGUCCAGCGAUCUGCACAAAUUCGGUGAUCGACCGCUACUGCUGGACGAUGAGCUGGACUACGGUUCGGCAGAGAGCAAGAGCAGCAACGAUUCGUCAGCACCGGCGGCGAACGAACAAACUGAGCCCGAAGAGCUGGACGUGUUUGCCAUGGCGCCCUUCAAGCUGCCCGUCGGCAAGCCGGCCAAGCGUGUGCCCAAGCCCAAGCAGCCGCGUCCGCGACCCAGCGAGCCGGAAAUGUGGACAUCGACGCCCGUCAAGGGUGCACCGGAGACGCCAACCAGCCAGGCGGAAAAUUUUGCCAAUUUCCCAGCACAGCAGGAGCAACUGCAGCCGGAGCAACAGCCGCAGCUAGAUGAGUUCAAUGAGCCCAUAUUCAAUCCAUUUAUCGAGCAGCCAGCGAUGCAGCAUCAGCAACUGGAUGAUGGCGAGCAACGUGAUCUCUUUGGCUCAGAGCCAUUUCCGCAGGUAAUACGCAAAUGUGUUGUCGUUACGCCCGAUCCAGUCCAGCUCCACUAUCCCAACCACAACAACAACAACAACAACAACAACAACAACAACAAUGUGAUUAAAGUGAGUGCUGUUGCACCUGUUGUUACGAUCAAUCAUUCGAUUAUAAUUAAUAAAACGCCCGAACCGUUGACCAAUCACCAAACGAACAAGAGCUGCAGCAGUGUCUAUGUGAAUGCCAUCAGUUCCUGCUCCUUGCCAGCUCCAGCACCCAGCACACAGCAUGCCCAGCCGUCUGCAGGCCCAGCUUCAAUAGCAAUACCAACACCACCAGCACCACCAAUACAGCCCGCACCACAUUUGCAGCCACUGCUGCCCAUUGCCGAUAAUGGUUUUGUGCAAAUCUCUCAAGAACGCUGCUCGGAUUACACGCCCGACGACGAGGAGGAGCCCGUGGUGUUGCGCUCUGCCCACCUGGUGGCAGACAGCGAUCCGCCAGCAGCAGCGACGGCAGCCGCUGCCGCUGCCGCAGCCGCCGCCGUCGGUGCCACCACUGUUAAAGCCAAGAAGGAAAAGUCCCAUUUGGCUGUAAGAGCUCUGCCAGCUAAGCUCACCCAAAAGGUCAAAGGACAUGCCUACAAAAAGGUCAGUGCCAGCGCUUUAGGUUCCACCUCAUCCCUCAGCUCCGGCAGCAAACAGAAACAUCAGCGUCUGCAAUAUCAAUCGCACGACGACGACGACGAUAUCAACGUGGUCGGCGGCUCAGCUCAGGAUGAGAAUCGCAGCAACUUUCAAUCGAAUACCAUUCAGAACUCCGCCAAGACGGGCUUCAGCAAUAUGAGCUUUGAGGAUUUCCCAUCCGAUCAGGAGAUCGAUCGCAUGUCUAAGACGAUACCGUUCGAAGUGGUGCGCAAGGAAAAGAUGCUGCUAGAAGCCGAAAAGAAAUUCGGGUCGCUAAAGCGACGCAACAAUUUGUUCUCCUAAAACAGUUAGCCGUCUACAGUUGCGUCUGUGCUUAUCGGCACACUGUUAUCAGCACGAGUGGAAAAUUCCUAAACAAACAAAAACAGAGUAGAGACUGAGACAAUGUUUCAAAAAAAAAUUGGUUAGAUGAAA